AUGGGCUACGACGAAGCCGCUGCCACCGCGCCAUUGGCGUCGCUCUCCAUCACGCAUGUAUACUAUGACCCCAACGACCGCAUCUCGCUCCUCUGCGCAUACCUCGCCCUCCUGCCGCAGGCGCUCGGCGUCGUCUACCUGACCCUCAUCUUCGCAUCGCGCGAGGUCGAAAUCGCCCUGCUCUUCGCCGGCCAGCUCGCCUGCGAGGCGCUCAACUUUGUCCUCAAGCGCCUGAUCAAGGAGGAGCGCCCGCGCCAGAUCCACGGCAAGGGCUAUGGCAUGCCCAGCUCCCACGCCCAGUUUGUCUUCUUCUGGAGCGUCGCCCUCACCCUCGUCCUCCUCGUGCGCCACCGACCAGCGACGUCGAAAUCAAAGUCAAAAGCGGCAGCAAACAACAGCAGCCGCAGCCGCAGCAGGAUUGUCGAGCGUCUUGCCGUCAGCGCCGUGAGCUUGGUUCUGGCCGCCGCCACGGCCUGGAGCCGCAUCUACCUCAACUACCACACCCCCAAGCAGGUCCUCGUCGGCAGCUCCGUCGGCGUCCUGUCGGCCGUCGCGUGGUUCGUCGGCACGGCGCUGCUGCGCAGGUCGGGUCUGCUGGAGCAGGCGCUGGACCUGCCCAUGGUGCGCGCAUUUCGUGUCCGGGACCUCAUCGUGGAGGAGGAUCUCAGCGAGGCGGGCUGGGAUCGCUGGGAAGAGAAGAGGCUGGCAAGAAAGAACAAGCUGAAAGGUGUCAAGUCUCAAUGA